UGUGUCGUCUUCGUCCCGGCAGAAAUCUGAUAGAACUGUCGGUGCACAGCCGGAUAAAUUCGGUCAGAGCUUCGGGCACGAGCAAAGCCGCUAUCAGCACCCUAAAAAAAACGGAUCCGGGCUUCGUGCAGGAAUCCCCGGGUCCAUGACCUGAUCGGUACCGGCGGCGGGUCAGCUGCGGCUGAAGCAUUCGAGAUGCUCCGCGCUCUAUUCCGCUGCACAAUAUCACCGUCACCGAUACCGGUCUGGAGACUCAGCUAUGCUUUUCAGACGGAGAGCCAGGAUGUUGCGGUGGCUGGUUUUUGGCCGGGUGGGCACCGUUUGGAUCUGGAAGGCGCUGCUGCUCUUCGUUGCCAUCGCCUUCGCUGUCCAACUGUUGGGGGUCAUCUUCAACAAGAGCAGUGUGCAUCCAGCUGGCCACUCCAUCUUCCUGUCCUCUGAUGCUCAGGGGCCCUCCCUGGGCUUCUGUCAGCCCCACACCCACAUCAUGUUCCUUAAGACCCACAAGACAGCCAGCAGCACCGUGCUCAACAUGCUUUACCGCUUUGGGGAUGAGCGAAACCUCCGCUUUGCUCUCCCACUGGGCUACCAGUUCGGCUACCCACACCCUUUCAAUGCUCACAGGGUCAAAGGUUACCAAGGCCCCAGAGCCAUGGAGUUCCACAUCCUGGGCCAUCACAUGAGAUUUAAUAAGCCUGAGGUGGAGAAGGUGAUGCCUGCAGACACGUUCUACUUCUCCAUCAUCCGGGACCCGGCCAGUAUGGCUGAGUCCUCCUUUGCCUAUUAUAAAGAUGUAGCACCUGCCUUUAAGAAAGCCAAAAGCUUAGGCGACUUUGCUGACAACCCCUACAAAUAUUACGACUCUCGGGUCCGCAACAACUAUGCCCGCAAUCUGCUGAUGUUUGACUUUGGCAUGGACAACAAUGCUAACUUCUCGUUGGCUGUGGCUCAAAACGCCGAGGCCAUGAUCCGCCAGACCUUCAAUCUGAUUCUAGUGUCCGAGUACUUUGACCAGUCCAUGAUCCUGCUGCGGCACGCACUCUGCUGGCCGCUGGAGGCCGUUGUCUCAUUCAGCCUCAACGCUCGUCAGCAGAAGCCCAGCGACGAAGGGGGGUUGAGCGGGAGCUUUGUGAGCAAGGCAGCAGCGGCGGCUGGUAUCGUCGGUAGAGGGGUACGCCCACAAGCCAAGGUACUGACCAAUGUGACGGAUGCACAGCGGGAGAAGCUGCGGCAGUGGAACGCCGCUGACAUGUACCUAUAUAAAACCUUCAACCGGACCUUCUGGGAAGAUAUCAAGAGGUUCGGUUACGCCCAGAUGGAGCAGGAAGUAUCUCUUCUCAGGAUGCUGCGGAAAGAAAUGGCCCAGGUUUGCCUGAGGGACGGCGGGAAGCCUGUGGAGGCACGCCGGAUCCGAGACAAAAACAUCCGCCCGUUCCAAUUCGGAGUGUUGGAGAUUCUGGGAUACGAGCUUCAGCCGGGGCUGGACAACGCCACCAGGACGGCCUGUCUGCGGAUGAUCAGACCUGAGCUCCAGUACAAGGAUUUGCUGGAUGCUAAACAGUUCCCACGGGUUGCCCAGUCAGGGCCACAGAACCCGGCUCUGGUGGCAGCCGGUGCCUCUCUUGCAAGACAAGACUCUUCCAGGACAGGAGAGAGGCCGGUGGAGGGGAAUGCUGGCGGGAGGAAUGCGGAGGAGAGAGACUGGGAUGGAAGCCGCAUAAUGAGGACGAACCAGACUUUUUUACAAAAAGUAAGAUUGACAUGAGGUUUGAGGUGAGUCUCGUUCGUAAUACGGUACCUUUGGUCUCUGAACAAAUGGAAUUAUUGAAAUGAAAGCUGAGCCAAGUGUGGUUAACACAUGAGAAAACAAAAAGGAGGAACUUUUUGAACUUCCACUUUUCGGUUGUUUGCUUCUUAAACGUUCUUUGCUUUUAGUCUGUGUAAUCCUCAUGGCCCUUUACCUCUGAGAGCCUGGGAUGCUUUCAUGGCUGCAGUUACAGGUGGUAGAAUGAACUUUGUUUUUAUAUAAGCAGAAGCACUCAGAAGCUGUUGGCAGGGACUCUCUGCUUUGCUGUUUAUUAAUAGACACACAGAAGCCUGUUUCAGUCCCUGUUCAUGUUUAUACUUUUAAGAGGUACAAUUUAUUUUUUACGUUGUCCUUGGUGCACAUGCUUGAAACUUCUCAACGUAAAGGUACAAUAAGUUCCAGUUUUUGCCUCUCAUGCAGUGCCAUAACACUGAGUUACAAAGCCUAGCACCUUCCUAAAAGAUAUAUAUUUUAUUUAGUAUUUGAAUACAAAAUAAUGCAUUUACUUGGAAUAUGGGAAGAAAAAACAUCUUACAGAUGGUGGAAUGUUUUGUAUUCAGUUGGUUAGAAGAGUCGUUGCAAUUGUAACUGUUCUGUGUCUCUCUAAAGCAAUGGUAAUACACAAGAGGCUCAAAUUGGGGUAUGUAUACAACACUAACUUUUUCUUUGGGGAUAUGGUUCAGUAUUUGCUGGUACUGGUAAUGGACAAACACAAUGAUGACCUAUAAUUUAAUAUUUCUCUCUUUAAAACACUUUGUUCAGCUUCAGAGUCAGUAUCGAGCCCUGUCUAGAACCACUUACUUGAACUGCUUCUUAAAUAUCUUUUAAUAAUACAAGAGGGGAAAACGAUCCGAGGCCUCUGAUUCUAUUCUGAGGUGAUUGAUACUCUCCAACAAGCAGCGGCUGCUUAAUAUCAGCAUUUGGGCACAUUCCUUCUUUCCACUUUCCGCUAAAGUAUCCAUCUGUCUCACACAUGUACACAUCCAAAAGCAGCUGCAUGUUAAAGAUGAUUCAUUAUAUUGCUCAAUAGAGACCUCAACUCCCCCCGUAUUCCUCCCAGAUAAACUUUGAACGAGUCAGCAGGUAUUUUGGGAACUUUCUAGAUUGUUUUGUCAGACGGAACACAACAGACAACAUAAAGCAAUAUUGCAUGCUGCAGAUCUUCUGGCUCAUCCCACCUCCGGCCCUGGGACCUUCUUCAAUGCUAUUAGCUAAUCCAGCUACUUACAUUUUUUCAUGUUAACAUUUAAAUUGUUGAUCAGCAAUACAGUUUUAUUGAAACUGUCUAUUGGGUUAUCAUAGUUACACUAACUAUAUAUAAAUUAGCCUUCUGAGCUAAUAUAUUGUAUUACGUCCUUGCCACAAACCCCACCAGUAUGAGCAACACAUGGUAAACAAUACAAAGGUUAUACUUUGAUAUAACUGUAACUUCUAAUGUGAAGUUAAAGGUACAACAAGCAAAUGACUUAUGUGAUAUCCUUAUGAGUUUGCUAACGAUAGCUAAUGUUAGCUAGCUAUGCUAAUGUUUUAGCAAAAGUGCAAAUGUUUAAUAAUCAUUUUAGCUAACAUUAGCCUUAGACUGCUAACGUCAUUAUCAAUGCUAGCUAACUCAUAAUGCUAGUACAAGUUUGGCUGCCUAAGGAUACACUACCUAACUAGAAGUUACAUGUGCAGUUAAUUAAAACACUAAGGUUUAAUUGUUUAUUCAAACAAAUGAAUGCGUACUCUGGCAUAAUCAGAUUGCAGAUUCCACACAUUGUAAGCUCGACACUGUAAAAGGUCUCAGGUGGAGAAGCUGGGCCCGAGCCUGGAGCUUUGCAGCUAGACCCUUUUCAAAUAAUAUCACUAUCUCAGACAUAAGUUACAGUUUGUCCCAAUGCUCCUCCAAAUAAACACCAGUUCUGCUUUAUUUGGCUUUGAGUAAGGAGCUGGAACUCUUCAUCCUCUGUGGAAUGCAGCAUGUUUACAUUAGCACUGUGUCAAACAUGGAUCUUGUCACAUGUCCAGUAACAGCCUGGUCCUGCAUGGUACUUACAGAUAUUUGGUCAUAAUCAUGCUGCUGUAUGAACAUUCAAAUUGUACUACAUAACACAAAAACAACACAUCUCUGUCAGGGUCAAAACACCACAGACAGGGUCCACUUGAUCAUCGUACACAUACAUGACAACAGACAACCCUUCCUUUGCAUACGCUUUUAUAUGUGUCAAAGUCGCCUGACUGGUUUGAGCUCGCUGACAUCGCCUGAUUGGUUUUAGUCAGCUGUGUCUAAAGCUCCAUUGUUUCGAAAACAGCGACCCACAUGGUUGCACUAAGUGACAUGUUCCAUGAACUUGGGUACUGUAGUUCAUUCUGAGACAACUUACUAUUGGAUCUUGCAAGGAGUGUUCCAUGUUUACACUGCUGAAGGGAGUGGGCAGGCCAGGAUAGUAGAUUGCGUUAAGUGCAGUUUGAAUCAAGAACAAAUAGCGAGGUUUCUUACUGAAAUAUGUACAAAUAAAACACUGGGGAAAUGUAUUUGAUCCUGUUUAGUUUAUUGAUUCAGUUAGAUCAUCACAAAGGAGGUUCAUUCUGUGUGCUGAAGCAGUGGACAGCCAUUCUCCAGUACCUGUAUUUAUAACCCGGUUGUCAUGUGGUGCGGGGGGAAAGUAGAGCACAGACAGGGACCUGUGUGAGCACCUUGCUAGCUGCUGUGGGACUGCAGAGCAGCCUGUGUCCUGUGUUAUCACACUUCAAAGUGAGAACACUUUUUUCUGUUCUGUUUUUCUGAAGCACCAUGGUCUAAAAGUUUGUUUUAAAGCCAUGCAGUCAAGCCAUUUGAGAAUGAUAUUGAAAGAUGAGUAUUUUGUAUGAAUGAGGUUCAGGUAGGCUCCAGGUGAAUGAGGUCAUGUGUUGCGAAGCAGCCAAAAUGAGCCUUGUGGUUUUUGAUUUCAGAUCACAAUAUUCUGUAUUAUUUAUUUGAAUGUUGGCAGUUUUCAUUGUGAAUAUUAGUGUUGACGCUUAUCCUGGUACAAUGCUGCAGAUGAAAUGAUAUUUCAUUGCUGGAAUCUGAAAAUAAUGCACACCCUUCGACCAAUCAGAACUGAGUAUUCUCCAUGGCCAUAAUAUAAAUGUAGUAUCGAGAUCAUGUAUAAGAAUGUACAUAUGUAAAUGUAUAUGUGUAGAAGGAUAUCUACAAAGCCCAGAAGGGGACAUGGGGAAAAGAAAUACAUUGUAUAACAAACAACAAAUAUUAGUAUUCCAAAGCUACAACUACCCUUCAUAGGGAAACUAAAUGACAACAUACAUGACGGAAUAACACAAACGGUUUUCAGAAAAUGUUUUGUGAGAGAACACCCUGGUUUUCAUCUCUUCUUUUCCUCUACCCAUCCAUUUGUAUGUUUCCGGUUUUGAGUCUCUUUGAAACGUCCAACACUGAACUGAUUGAUGCUAACCAAAGUUCUUCCACAAUACAGUAGUUUGUAUUCUCCAUGCCGUGCACUGUGAAUAGUGUCACCUUACAGCAGCGGUCCUUCUGCGGGGAUUGGGUUUACUGCAUUGUGUUUCCUCCAGUGAAACGGAGACUGUUAAUCAGCUUACGGUCUUAAGUUAAGACACUGAGUCAAAGGGAUGAUGAAGUAUUAACUUAGAUUUAAAAGGGACAUACCUUUGUUUAUUUAGUUCCCUCCUUUCAUGCAAACAUUGACUUAUUUCACUUUAAUCUGAAACUGUAACUUCAGUUUUAUAACCCACUAUGUAUCACAGCGCUGCACGGCUAUGUCCUGCAACCCUCAAAUAUUACUAUUGUUGUUUAUUUUAAACUUAAACAUGAAUAUUUGUAACAUUUGAUCUUCAGCUUUCCUUCAGUGCCACCAUCAGGACACACUAUAUGUUCGGCUCCUCAAAGUACGGAUAUUAUUUGCACCAAAAUGCAAUUGUGAUUAUACGAACAGGCCCCAUGUGCUUGUACUAAAAUGAAGAACUUUAGAUGUUCUGGGUCACCACUUUUUAAUGAACACUAAUGCACAAAAUAGUUGAUAGAACAAAACAGAUUUGUUUCAUGCCUUAGGAUGCAGUUAUAAUAUUAUUGAUCAUGGCUCUUAAACAAUAUCCUUCUGUAUUUUUGAUUAUAUUUACCAUUUGUACAGACUGUAUUUAUUGGGGUUGGUAAGGGGCAACGAGGGGAACAGUGUAUUUGUCACAGUACGAUGGAAUUUAUUAUUGAUGAAACAUGAAUUCUGCACACGCUCAUCUUAAAUGUUCUGUCAGAGUUGAAACAUUGAUGACAAAUGCCACUCAUAAGCUAUGGCUGGCUCAUAAUUCAGCGUUACUAAGAAAACUGUAAUUAUACGGUUAAAUCAAGCUGUCUUACAAAACAUCAACGUUUAGACAUUUUGUAAUUGUAAUUAAAAACUAAAUGAGACAAUAAUAAGUCUGAUACUUGAGACAGGGACAACUAAUAAUACUGAGCAUUACUGUGAUUAUUUCGGACGUGAAUCUAUCUCAAGACAACCAGAAUAUUAAGUGUUGAUCAUAAUGCUUACAGAUGAGAGCACAGCCACUCAAUUAUCCGGUCCUUGUGAGGUAAUUACGAGGUAGAGAUGUAGUACUCUGUCUUGUAAUUAAAAGAUAAUGAAGCUGUAAUGCAAGUAAAAUGAAAACUGUGCUUGAUUUCUAUGCCUGUCUUCCCACAUGCAGCUUUGUUUUUAUUCUUCCGAUGGAGAUCUGACUAAAAUGGCUUUACUAUAAUGGUACUGUGACUUAUUUUCGCGCUAUUUACUCAGUUUUCAUUGUUGAGCAUGUUGUAGUGUGUCAGAAUUAAAGGUACAUCUUGUGUGAAACCUCUUCAAAUCUCAGCUUUGGUACACAGUGUGAUUUAUCACCUCAUUUGAACAGCUUCCAUCUCUUGUUUUCACAACUGGGUUAUUACUGACAGGAAAUCAUAAAUGGACCCGAUAUUCUCUCAAGGUGUUACAGAUUUCACUGAACUUGAAAUGCAACUUCAGAAAGCAACGGUGGUCUUUGGUUUGGAUCUUACUUGAAAAUGUUAUUUUUGGGGUGAAACUUCUACUAGAUCAAGCUCUUGUCUGUGUGCAUCCAUUGAGGUUUUUUUUCUUGUACUGAAUAAAAACAACUUUCUUUAACUCCA